UAUGAUGGCAUCUUUACAACUAGUUACUAGAAUCUAGAUCUAGAUCUUCUAAAUUAAGAUCUAAAUAUGCAUAGUACAUACUACAUCUAAACUUCUAAAGAAUCAUUAUUUAAGAUAACUGAAACUAGAUUCUAUGAACAAAGUCUACCUGAACAAACUGCUAACUUACCAUAAUGGAUCAUACAAAUAAUGUGCAAUUAGAAUCAGAUGAUGAUCCUUGUACAACAGAUGCAAAGGCAAGAUCAACUCGAUUCUUAAUGCCAGUACAGAUUAAAUCAGAAAUUGUUGAUACUGAUGAUGCCGUGGGGCAAACAUAUUUUACUGGCAAUUAUAUGUCAACAGUUGACACAACUGCGGAUAUACAGCCAACAGUUGCUUAUCAAGACUUUAAAAAUAAUGAGAUAAGUAAUAUAUUUCAACAGACAUUCCCAAAAAUUUAUAGAUGUGACCUGUGUAAUAAAUGGUAUAAGACAAGACACUGUAUAGUAAAACAUAUUAAAUUUCACUCAGAGGAACAUGAGAACUGUAAAAUAUGCAAUUACCCUAUCAAAGCUGAUUUUUCUGUACCUUCAAAAGUACAACAGAAAACUUUUUCUUGCAACUUGUGUAACAAGAGCUUUAAACUGAAAUGUCUUUUGAAACAUCAUUUAUUUCUUCAUACAAAGUACAAUCCAUUUGCUUGUAGUUUUUGUAAUGAGCUCUUUGUACAAAAUAACCAUAUAAAAGAGCACCCAUGCAUGCAUGUGAUAGAAAAGAGGUUUGCUUGCGAUGUUUGUGGGAAAAUGUUUCGUCAGAAAAGUCAUAUGAAGGAGCAUCAACUCUUGCAUACAGGAAAAAAGAACUUUGUUUGCAGUGUUUGCGGUAGAGGCUUUGCUCGAAAUAGUCAUUUAAUACGUCAUUAUAAUGUACAUUUAAAAGAUAGACCUCUAGCCUGCAGUAUUUGUAGUAAAACUUUCUCAGAUGAAUGGCAAUUAAACAAUCAUGUGCUUGUUCAUUUAGAAGCAAGAUUUACUUGUAAUGUUUGUUACAAAACCUUUUACAGAAAUUGCCAUUUAAAAGAGCAUUAUUUAGUACAUACAGGAGAAAAAAAAUUUGCUUGCAAGGUAUGUGGUAGAAAAUUUGCUCGAAAGAGCCAUUUGAAUCGACAUCAUAUUGUACAUACUAAAGAUAAGCCUUAUGUACAUAAUUUCCCUGUUAUGGGAUAUUUGAAUCCUAAAUCUGAGAACUUAAGUGACAUGUUUUUUCCUCACACUACACACAGUCAAUCUUAUAAUAACAUGACAAAUGAACAUCGCCAUACAAAGCAAAAAUGCUUCAGUUGCAAUGUAUGUGGUAAAAGCUUUAGCAACAAUGGUCAUUUAAAAGAGCAUCAACAAACACACACAAUGGAGAGACGGUUCUCUUGCAAUGAUUGUGGUAAAACAUUUAUUCGAAACAGCCAUUUAAUUCGCCAUAUGCUUGUACACACACAGGAAAAGUCCUUUUUAUGUACUGUUUGUAAUAAGAUGUUUUCUGAUAGGAGCAGUUUAACUCAUCAUCAUCUGACACAUCGUAAUAAGAAGAUUUUUACCUGCACUGAAUGUGGUAAAGCUUUUAUUUGUUUAAAAUACCUCACGCAGCAUCAGAUAGUGCACAAAAUGGAGAAACCUUUUGUUUGUCUCGUUUGUGCUAAGCCUUUCGCACGCAAAAAAACUGUUGAAAGAGCAUCAAACUCUUCACACAAAAGAGAAACCAUAUCUUUGCAACACUUGUGGUAAAACAUUUCGCCAAAGUGGUCAUCUAAAAGAGCAUCAGAUGGUGCAUACUGGGGAGAAAAGAUUUUCUUGCAUUGAUUGUGGUAGAAAAUUUUCAAGAAACAGUCAUUUAAUAAGGCAUUAUCAAGUGCAUAGGCAGAAGU